AUGGGAAAUCCAGAAGGAGAGUCGUCUGCGUACGAGGGUGAUUAUGAACCCUACCAACCUCAGGUGGAGGUGGAGUUGGAGUAUGAGUCGCAAGCUGAUCAACAAUUUCAAUACCAACAAGUGCCUGAAACCACCAGCCAAAACCAAAACCAACAAGAUCAAUACCAACCACCACCACAACCGCCACCCAGUGCACCUCAAAAUAAUUAUGACCCCCAAGCACAACCACAACCACAAUCACAAGAAGGAGUCCUCCAGCAACUACCGCCAUCUCAGCCUCAGCCGGUAGGGUUCCCACCACCACAAGGUCCUCCACAACAAAACCCCUACCAGACUCCAACGCCUCAGCCAGCGCAAUUCCCUCCUCAAAGCCCGCAACAGUUCCCACCACAAAACCCACAAUUCCACCAACAAGCAAACUAUCAGCAGCCUAGGCCUGCACAGUUUCCACCCCAACCCCAGAAUAAUAUGCAAACCAAUCGAAACCCCAAUCCCAUGUAUGCAAAUGUGCCAAACCAACCUGGGGCGGCCUACCCUCCACAAGGACCACAACCAAUGGGCAUGGGGAACCAACGACCUCCAGCACAAUUUCCUCCCCAGUCUCCAGCACUAUAG